CGUCUCCCGCUUCCUCUCCCUUGUUUUGUUUUUUUCCUCGCGCGGGUUCUCCAUGUUGGAGCGGAAAUCAGAGACUUUAUUCUCACUCGGAGAUUUGUCUGGCUCCAGGAUCAAAGUGCCGCCGAUCAUCUCUGCUCUCACACACGGGGAUCUGCGCGAGGUGGAAGUUGGUGUAAGGGCGAAAGGCGCGCGCGCGCGUGUGUGUUUGGAUGCAGUGUGUUUUUAAUGCCUCAUCGCUGUGUGAGUGUGUGUGUGUGUGUGUGUGUGUGUGUGAGAGAGUGUGUGAGUGUGAGUGUGUGUGAGUGUGAGUGAUGUGUGUUUAAUGAAAGUGAGAUUGAGAAACUGGAUGUUAUUAGAUGGAAAGUUCUGUCAUCACACAAGUGCAGAGAGAAGAUCUUCAGCUGCCUUCCAAAACAGGCCAGGUGAUAAAGUCUUCUCCUAAGAAACCCCGGAGCAGGAAUAUUUUUAAAGCUCUGUUCUGCUGCCUGCAUGCCCACGAUGCUGCUCAGACGACGCUGCCUUCCCAUGAUGCCUUGCUCCCCGCUGAGGAGAAUGGAUCCAUCACAAAGGUGUGUGAGUCGAGUCUGCUGCCGGACGUGACUCCGGAGGACGAGGGGAAGAUCUGUGUGGUCAUCGAUCUGGACGAGACUCUGGUACACAGCUCCUUUAAGCCGAUCAGUAACGCUGACUUCAUCGUUCCGGUGGAGAUCGAGGGAACCACACACCAGGUGUACGUCCUGAAGCGGCCGCAUGUGGAUAAAUUCCUCCAGCGGAUGGGAGAGAUGUUCGAGUGUGUACUGUUCACCGCCAGCCUUGCUAAAUACGCUGACCCGGUUACAGAUUUACUGGACCAGUGUGGAGUUUUCCGAGCGAGACUGUUCCGGGAGUCCUGUGUUUUCCAUCAUGGCUGUUAUGUUAAAGAUCUGAGUCGACUCGGACGCCGGCUCAACAAAACCCUUAUCCUGGACAACUCUCCUGCGUCCUACAUCUUCCACCCUGAAAACGCUGUCCCUGUGCUGUCCUGGUUUGAUGACGUGGAGGACACGGAGCUGCUGAACUUACUGCCCGUGUUCGAGGAGCUGAGCGGCGCCGAGGACGUCUACGCAAAACUGCGUCAGCUCCGAGAGCCGUGACCUUCCUCCUCACACCUCAGGCUCGAAACCUCCCGACCUCAAAACCUCGCCUUUACACAACCUCACACAUGCCUUAACCUGUCUGAGAACACAACACACACACCACUGAGAGAACCUCGGUGUCUUCAUCUUCAUCAUUGUGUUUCAGCAUUCUGUGAUGUCUAAUGAGAAAUUCAGAUGAUGAAACUUUUCUAAAGGGGAAAAAAAAGAACCAAACACUAAAACACUCCACA